GUCCGCACGAACCCAUCACACGCUCCGCCCACUCCCCCAGGCGCACGGCCGCACCUCUCCACCUCCGGCGACUACCACCAGUCCACCACCAUGGCGGCCACCUCCCUCGCGCGCCUCUCCCGACGCGCCACCAUUUCCGCUACCGCCGCGGCGCCCUCCCUCCGGCGCCUCCUCUCAGUAACCUCCACAGCCUCUGUCGCGGCAUCCGCCCCGCCGCCGCCGCCCAGCGCGGCCGGCGCCGCGGCCGUGGGCGCGGAUCGGGUGCGGUGGGACUACCGCGGGCAGAGGAAGCUUGUUCCGCUGGGACAAUGGAUGCCCAAGGUGGCCGUGGACGCUUACGUAGCCCCCGAGGCCGUGCUUGCCGGCCAGGUCACCGUCCACGACGGCGCCUCCGUCUGGAGCGGCGCCGUCCUGCGGGGGGACCUCAACAAGAUCACGCUCGGCUUCUGCGCCAACGUACAGGAGCGAUGCGUCCUCCAUGCCGCAUGGACGGCUCCCACAGGGCUUCCAGCUGAGACACUCGUGGACCGGUACGUGACAGUGGGCGCCUACUGUCUGUUGCGCUCUUGCACCAUCGAGCCUGAGUGCAUCAUUGGCCAGCACUCUGUCCUCAUGGAAGGUUCGCUGGUGGAGACCAACUCGAUCCUCGAAGCUGGCUCUGUAUUGCCCCCAGGAAGGCGGAUUCCGACCGGCGAGCUCUGGGCUGGAAGCCCGGCCAGGUUCGUUCGGAAGCUGACCAAUGAGGAGAUCAUGGAGAUUCCGAAGCUGGCAACUGCCAUCAACGAUCUGAUGCAGAGCCAUUUCUCGGAGUUCCUGCCUUACUCUAACGCUUAUCUGGAGGUAGAGAAGCUGAAGAAGUCGUUCUCCAUCCCCCUGUAACAGCCUGUUGCCCUCACUCGUCCAGUUGAAUGGACGAGGAAGUAAAUAAAGGUGCCCAAAUACUAGAUGUUUUGCGUUGAAAUCUAACUUGUGCUGGGUUUGAUCUGUUACGUCCCAAAUUUUUUUGUUCAUUGUUGUUGUGAGCAUGGGGACACGUGCAGGAAUGUCUUGUGUCUUUUUACCCAACCCAAUGGACAUUAUGUUCUG